AUGCUCAGGCUUCAAUCCCCAUACCCCUGGAUUCGAUUUAAAGCUCAAUGCUUCUCCAGAGAUCUAGAGAAGGUAUUCAACUAUGAACCCGGUGGCCACCAUCCAGUUCACCUGGGCGAUCGGCUUGGAGAUGGUGGCAAAUAUAAAGUGAUUCACAAACUCGGUUAUGGAGGAUUUGGGACUGUCUGGCUGUGUCAUGUUCUGGACCCAAUGCCGAAAUAUGUUGCAUUAAAGAUUAUCAUGGCUAGGUUCUAUGGGGAUGACUGCCCUGAGCUGAAAGUCAACAAAUUGAGUCAAUUAAAGAUUGAUAAUGACUCAAUCUGUCUACCACUGGAUCAAUUCAAAAUGAAAGGACCAAAUGGAGAGCACUGGUGCUUUGUCUACCCUCUUGCUGGGCCGCCUGUUUCUUCUAUCACACAAGAAUUUAAGGAUCAGAGAACAUUGCAGAGCAUGGCUCUCCAGGCUGUUAAGGCCUUGGCUUCACUACACAGUCAUGGAAUAUGUCAUGGAGAUUUUAUACCAAGAAACGUGCUCGUCCGCAUGACUGGACUUGAUGGCCUAUCUGAAGAAAAGGUCAUUGAAAUAUUAGGCGAACCAAUAAAAUCCGAAGUCACCACCUACUCUGGACAACCAUUGCCAGGAACUGCACGAAAAUACCUUGUUGACUCGAUUGAUUUCUAUGAUCUUGACCCUCAGUUUCUUACCGAUCAGAUCUACGUCAUUGAUUUUGGUGAAUCAUUUGAUCUAUCACAUCCACCAAAAACAUUAGGAACACCCAGAAGCUACUGUGCACCUGAACUGCUACUAGGCGAGCCGCCCAGUAUUGCAAGUGAUCUGUGGGCACUUGCUUUCUUGAUGCUUGGUCCUUUGCCAGAGCCAUGGUGGUCGACGACUUGGGAAGGGUGUCGGGACUGGUUCCAAGACGAGCCGGACUCUGAGUGGCGUGCAGUUCAAAAAGAUCUAACUCCGGUCAAAGAGAUUCGGGCUGUUGAAGAUCUACUUAAACUUGGCGUUGAGGUUGAAGGUGAAAUCCGUGAUAUUUCGCAAGAGGAAGUAAAGGUCCUGGGUGAUCUUUUGAGACAGUUGACGCGGUUUAGGCCGGAGGAGCGGUUAUCGAUAAAGGGAGUCCAGGAGCAUGAGUGGUUUAGUCUGGAAUCUAGUUAG